UCGCUUUUGUUUUCUAAACGAACGAACGAAACAUAAAUCUUCAUUUUUCCCUGCUGUAUUGAGCAAGCUCUUGGCUUCGGUUAACAAUGGCCGUACUGAACUCUAUAUCACUGGGACUAACUUCACCAACAGCAGCACUCUCUCAAGAACGGCCAACACCAAACCAGAGACCGACCAAAGUCAUGCUGCCGAAGAAGAAGGCGCUUAAAUGGUCAACAGGUGUGGCUCCGGGGGACUAUGGCGGACCACCCACAACCUCCAAGCUUCGUAAGUACUGGGGUGGCGAAAAGGAAGACCCUUUAACUUCCGAUGACUUCAUUUGGAACAAAGAAUUCGUUGAUAGGAUGAAGAAGCUAAUUCAGGACCCCGAUACUGCCGCCGGCGAGAAUUCUUCUCUUCAAUCGUCUCCUGAAGAGUCUUCUGGAUUCUUAAGCUUGAAUCGAGUUAUGAGCCUUGACAGUAGUCUGGAAGUUGACCUGAGCAAGGAACUUACAGCACCUUCAAAGCCUGUGUUACAACGGGCUGUUGAAACUACAAAUCGACAGAGCAGUGGCAGCAUGUCGCGCAGAUGGAAAUUGGUACCAACAAGGCGUGAACAAGAAAAGUGGGAUAAAGCAACAAAGGCUUCAACAGGUGGCAGUGACGUGAUGCUCCGGGAACUGCGGCGGCCUCAAGGAGACCCUGAACUACUGGCUGCUCAAUCAAGGGAGCAGUACUUUAAGUUGAAAAAUAAGUUGCAAGUUCUUACCUUGGUUAUAGGUGGUGUGGGGUUAGUCUCAGCUUAUGUUUCUUACUCUCCUGAAGUCGCAGCUAGCUUUGGUGCUGGGUUGCUUGGUUCUUUGGUGUAUAUGCGAAUGCUAGGAACUAGUGUGGAUUCUUUAGCAGAAGGAGCAAAGGGGGUUAUGAAGGGGGCAGUCGCACAACCAAGACUAUUAGUUCCUGUUGUAUUGGUCAUGAUCUAUAAUCGUUGGAAUGGGAUCCUUGUUCCAGAAUAUGGAUAUAUGCAGUUAGAAUUGAUUCCAAUGCUUGUGGGAUUCUUCACAUACAAGAUUGCAACUUUCUUUCAAGCCAUAGACGACGCUAUUACAGUUGUUGGGGAAAACCAAAAGUCUAAUAUCAAAAACAACUGAACCAUCGAUCUUAGU